AUGGAGGAUAAAAUGAAACUGAAGACUAUCGCAGAUUUGAAGUUUCCUUCAAUACCGUUUUCUCCAAUCGCCACAUCGUCGCCGAAGCUGACAAAAAUGCGUGUUCCUGACACAGAUCAAUCAUGGACAUCGUCUUCUGAUGAUUCCACUGGAAAUAUCGCUUCUUGUAUUCUUACAGGAAUCGAUGAAAUGCAUAUCCAUGAAUCAAAAAGCGGUGAUGACAGCACAACAUCAUCUUGUUCUGUUCACACAGCAUUGGAGUUUGUCGAUUUGCUCGCUUUCAAGAAUAAGACAACGUCAGAGAGAAUCACUCGUGAAGAACUCCGCGCUGCGAUUGUCGCCAACAAGAUGAGAUACACCGAUUCCUCGAAAGAAGAAGCUGAAAUUUAUGCGAAAGUGGUAACCGAGAGAAUUCUAUGGGCUGCUUGUCGAACAUGGAGCGGAACGAUACCUGUCGAGAGAAAAGAAGAUGUCAUCAAAUACGCUCAAUAUGCAAACGAUGACUUCUACAUGGAGGGUACCGCCCAACUCUGCACUGAAGAGCUACAACAGCUUAGCGAGGACUGGAAAUACGACAGGAAAACUGUUGGUACCUUCUGCGCAGAAAAAGGAAUGCCACCUUCAAUAAUCGAUAGGCUUUUCACCAAGAAUCUGGUACGACGAACAGACGGUGACUAUUUGGAUGAUAUUGAGAUGAUGUGGUUGCUGUUUGCCAUAAUUGGUACCGAUGAAUUGCAAACUUCGGAAUAUUGGUUUCGUGUACUUGAUGUGCAGUCUACCGGUGUUCUUUCUUUCACAGAACUCGAAAAUUUCUAUGCAGAUAUUACGAUUCUCCUCGAUAAAUAUGAUGUUAUUGCGCAACCAUAUUCAACUGUAAUCACUCACUUUAUCGAUAUUCUUGGAACAGACGAAUGGACGUUGGGAUCAUUCAAACGAAAUAUCAAGAUUGUUCAUAAAGUCCUCAACGGGUUCAUCAGCGCAUUACGCUUUCUUGAGCAAGAAUUAGAUGAAAAAACCAACGGCGAACGUCUCGAAGACCAGAAAUUCGGAGAAGGAGAACGAACACGUUGGCAACGCUUAAUUGAUCGGGCAUACGCCGUCGUCUACCAUCGAAACGAUUCUUCAUCUUCUCUUGAGUCAUCCAGCACAGACGAAUAA